GUUCAUCAUGCUUGUCAUGCUUGUCACAACAUCCACCUAACGGCUGCAAGGUGUAUAUCUGAGCUUUCCUGCCACUCCCUAAAGGUUCAAAUCUAUCAUCAUGACCCAUAGAUCACGCUCCGGCGGUCCCCUUAAGAAACACGGUGGAAAGAAACAACAGACGCACACCCGCAAACUGCACCACCCUCCACCUCUUCGAUCCGAGACACCCCCACUUCCUGUCCCUGACAACCUGCCUCUUCCCCCCGCGGAGGGGCCAUUCAACCCCCCAGACUCUGAGCUUCUUGCUCUUAUUCACCGCGCACUCCAUUCCACUCUCUCGUCCGACGAGUUCCAACCCACGAUUCAGAAAAUUAAGGGGUUGUUGUAUGACAAGAAAUGGUUAGAGGUCUUUUGUGGGCCGGAAGGGUUACUAGAAAGUUAUGCAGGGAGAUGGGUGCCUAGCAGGGCGGCUUGUUUUAGGGAGUUGAUGGGCCAGCUGGUUGGGGAAGUUUUUGAUGGAGAGGGCGAUGUGGAUCAGCAGCUUGGACAAUUGAGUUUGGGAGGUGAUGAGAGUGAUAAAGAUGAGGAAGAAGCGGAGGAAGAAGGACAGGAGGAAAAGGGGGAAGAUAAAGAAGGAUCCGAAAAGGUGGGCAAGGAGGCGUCUGGCAACGCUUCACCCGCCGAAAAACCGACACAUCACAUUUUAUCUUUAGGAGGUGGAGCAGGCUCCGAGCUUCUCGCCAUCUCCGCUCUCAUCCGCUCCACACUUCUAGCUCGUCCUCGCUCCCACCCUUCCUGGACGUGGACAGGCAUCGACAUUGGUAACUGGCAUAAUGUGCUAAAAAAACUCGAAGGUGCUGUUCGAAUGGAUUGGGAGAUUACUGAGGACAUGCUGGAAGUUGAGUAUGUGAAGGGAGAUUUGAUUGCUUCCAUUAAGCCCACCGCAGCAAAAGAGGGGGAGAAAGAAGAUGGUGAUGGGGAGAUCAUGGAGGGAAUUGCCUGGGGUCCCAUUGAUUGGAAGGGACUUCUUACUCGCAAAUCACCUGCACUCAUCACAUUAUUCUUCACUCUCGCCGAACUUCUCACCCAGUCUCGGCCAUUGACCCUUUCCCUAUUCGCUACGCUGACUACGCAAUGCAAGCCUGGUACUCUGUUCCUCAUUGCCGACUCUGCUUCUGACAUUUCCGAAUUUGCCAUCGGUUCAGAAGGGAGAAAAUGGCCGGCGUGGAUGGUGGUAGAUGCGAUGCUGACAGGAAAGGGGAAGGGCUGGGAGAAAGUGCGAGGAGAGGACAGUAGAUGGUUCAGAUUUGAAGAGGGAGUGGGAGCUGGUUGGGCUUGUAAAUUGGAGAACACAAGAUAUUGGUACAGAUUGUACAGACGGGUGUAGAGUUUGAUAGAGCAGGCAUACAUACAUCAUUUGCACAUUAGAAUCUUCCGUACAUGUAUGUAAGCACAUCUGGUAUGAGCUAUUCCAAC